AUGAAUUUUAAUCGACGUACAAAUUCGAGUACAUGGACAAUAUUGUACAGCAAGCGAAACAAUACUACUACUACUGCUACUACUUCUACUACUACUACUACUACUUCUACUACUACUACUACUACUACUACUACUAAUAAUAAUAAUAAUAAUAAUAAUAAUAAUAAUAAUAAUAAUAAUAAUAAUAAUAAUUACUAUUAG